AUGACCAAAGUAAAUUCCGUCGUCCCAGGGUUGGCAGCCUCCAGGCGCAAGUCCCGCAAGUUGCACUAUGGCGCUCCAUCUUCAGUCCGACGAACUAUCCUAAGCGCUCCCCUGAGCAAGGAAUUAAGAGAAAAGCACAAUGUCCGCAGUAUCCCCAUCCGCAAAGACGACGAAGUUACAAUCGUGCGAGGUUCCAACAAGGGUCGUGAAGGCAAAGUGACAUCAGUCUACCGAUUGAAGUUCCUCGUCCACAUCGAGAGAGUCUCCCGCGAGAAGUCCAACGGUCAAUCCGUCCCCAUCGGCAUCCACCCAAGUAAAGUCGUCGUUACAAAGCUAAAGCUCGACAAGGAUCGAGAAAAGAUCCUGGAGAGGGUCGGAAAGGGUCGUGAAGCUGUCAAGUCCAAGUCACAGUAG